AUGAUGAGCAAUAGUGGCAUUAUGCCUCAUAAAACGAAUAUGAUACAUAUCAAUCAAAUAGAAGAGAAUUCGGUUUCCGCAACUACACCAACAACAGAACAACAUACAUCUACAAAACAAAAUAGAAUCAAAAGAACAAAAGAAGGUGAUGAUUCAUUUGAACAUGAACAUCGUGUGGUUAAUACACGUAACCAAUACUUUAAUAGCGCUGGCUCUCGGUCAAUACAACAACAACAGCUAAAUCUAACGACAUCUCGUACUGGAGUAAGCCACGGAGACUCGACAACCACACGUUCAACGUUUCCGCCUUUUCGGAUUACCUUUGUAGCUGAUAGUACACCAUCGGAAUUAUCAAUCAUCAAAGAUAUUAACAAACAUUGUCGUAUUGGACUUUCAUAUGGUCGUUACUCAUCUACUGGUAGUAAUAAAUGUUUUCUUCUAUAUGCCAAUAGUAGUGAACAAUUUGAUCGUUUGAUGGACAAAACAACAUGGCCAAUUCAGAUAUGUUCUUUAGAUUAUGAAAUUACUUCCCCAUCAAAAGUACCAACAUCUUAUUCAAUUGUAGAUAUUGGUGUUCCUGCUCAAUGGAAAUUAGAACAAUUUGAAUCCGACAUCAAAAAACAAUAUCCAACAAUCAUCAAAGUUGAACGACUUUAUGUUAAAGAUCGUAUACCAAUCUCUAAAGUUAGAAUUGAUUUCUUUUCCAAUCAAGAAGUAAAGAAAAUCAUUCUAAACAAACGCUUACUCUUAGAUGAUGAAAACACUUCAUUCGUGAUCCAACCAUAUUCACCACCAGCAAAAGUACUACGCUGUUUUAAUUGUCAACAAUACAAUGAUCAUAUUACCGCAAAUUGUCUACUUAAAGACAAGCCAAAAUGUUUUCGUUGUGGUUCAAACCAUCCAUUUAAUCCUAGCUGUAAUAAUAAAAUUUGUUGUGCAAACUGUGGUCAAAACCAUAUGGCUGGUAGUCCAAGCUGUCCAGUUAAAGUAGAAGAACGAAGUAAAUAUCAACAGCUCUCAAAAACCAUACCAACCAUCAACAACAACAAUAACAAAGUAUUAUAUGUUAAAUCGACUGAUGCUCCUAGUGCAUGGGCAACAAACGCUCAAAAAGAACAUGCACAAGCUCAAUUAUAUACUCCAAUUCAAAAUGUAGCACCAAAUGAAUAUCCAGAUGCAUUAUCCGAUAUCAAUAAAAAAUUGGACCAAAUUAUGAGUAAAAUGGAACAAAUUACAAGUGAACAAACAAAUAUGAAUGCGAACACUACCAAGGCUUUUCGAUUAAUUAAUACAUGGCAAAAGGAUUUUGCCACACUCAAGGAAUUUAUCCUAGAAAAAGUAUCUCCUUAUAUUUUUAAUUUAAGUGAUGUAUUUUUAGAUCGACCUCAAAUGAAUCCAUCAACAGCGAUAUUUAAAACAAAACAAAAGAAACCAUAUCUUACCAAUGUUGAUCAACUUACAAAACAUGAGGAAAAAACUUUUAAAAUGAUUUUGGAAGAAUGGACGAAUACUCUAACACUUAAUCUUUUAUUAGAAAAUUGGUCAAACUAUCGCGUUAAAACUUUAUCAAUGUUACAUAGUAAAGACAAUAUCUCAAUUCUAUUGGUAAAUGUUUCCAGCUUAAAUCGUUAUAUGGCGGAAAUAUUCAACCUUAUUGAUUCUACUUCACCACCGAUUAUUACAAUAAAUGGAACACAUCAUGACGAAGAAUCGAUUAAGAAAUUUACCAAACACUUCUUUAAUUUUAAUGUCUUCUCGAUCAAAGGUACAAAUCUAUUUGGAGGUGUCUUAGUUGCUGUACAUAAAUCAAUUCAUACUCAACGAAUAGUUGGAUCUGACAACAUACCGAAUUUGAUUGCAUUGGAAAUAGGUGUGGACAACAAUAAAUUUCAAUUAAUCACAUGUUACUCACCACCACAUGAAACAAUUCCUUUCAAGAUAUUUGAACAAAUACUACGAAUCAAUGAAGAUACAAUCACCACCGGAGAUUUCAACGCAAAACAUAAUUCUUGGUCUCGCACGAUAGAAAAUCCAAAAGGAAAAACUUUAUUUAAUUGA